GUCAUAAAUCAUAAAUGAUAAUUUUCUUUGUGGAAAAUACAAAAUAAUCGACAGACAAAUUAGAUUAAGAACACUUUGCAAGCCCAUUAAACAUGCUAACUAUGCUAAAAAAGUAAUUAUACAAACUACAUUUUUACUUAGCAAUAAAAAUAGUAAAAAUAAUAAACUAAAAAUAAGUCCAAAACUUCAAAAAUAUAAACACCUAAAAAACAAAACUAGUAAAAGACACACAAGAUUAGUAGUAAAGCGUGGCGCCAGAAGGUCGGCCGGGUGGGCGCGGCUGUGGUGGGAUGGCUGAUGAGGAGGAAGACCCCGCCUUUGAGGAGGAGAAUGAAGAAAUUGGAGGAGGUGCAGAAGGUGGACAGGAUAAAGGAAAGAGACUUUUUUCUAAAGAAUUACGAUGCAUGAUGUAUGGGUUUGGGGAUGACCAGAAUCCUUAUACUGAGUCAGUGGAUAUUCUUGAAGACUUUGUCAUAGAGUUCAUUACAGAAAUGACUCACAAGGCAAUGUCAAUUGGAAGACAAGGUCGAGUACAAGUUGAAGAUAUCGUCUUUUUGAUUCGAAAGGACCCAAGGAAGUUUGCUAGGGUUAAAGACUUGCUUACUAUGAAUGAAGAAUUGAAACGAGCUAGGAAAGCAUUUGACGAAGCAAACUAUGGAUCGUGAUACCAUUUGUACUCUGAAGUGUUGUUACCUUCUAGGGAAACCCUUAAUAAUAACUAUAUUUUCCACAAUGAGUUCCUGAUAUCUAGCCAUGGAAAUGAAAGAGAAACACAAAGUUUUUAGCAUUUAUUUUCACAUCUUUGAUUUUAGAGUGAUAUCUGAGCCUUUACUUGCCUACCUUUAGAAUACCAUACUUGAAUUACUAACUAGGUUUUAAUGACCACACAAAUUGAAGUAACUUGCAAACCGUACUGUUCUCUCUGACUUUCGGCUAUCUAACACUGUAAAGUGGUAUUUGUGUGCCAUUUUAGGCUAUACAGUAGUUCUUUAACAUGAAAGGUCUAAAUGGCACCUUUGACUUUAUGAUAGCUGAGACAUGUUUUUCAUAUAUUCUAGAGUUUUGAGACUACAACAGUUGAGGUAAUUAAAAGAUAGUGAACUGGUUUGUUCCUUUUAAAGGAAGAAGAUAAGAAAAUAGUCUUCUGUAGGAAUGUUUCUGUCACAGGAUAAUAUUUUUAAUAUUCCUUUUUUCAGAUGAGGGAUUUUUGGAGAAACUUAAGUUUCAUGUGAAAGCCUCUGUGUUAGAGGACUUCUUUGAUUUAAAAUCUUUUGGGUCUAUAACAUAAUUUGUCAAGAUUUAGGAUAACUCAUUUUCCCAGGUCAGAUUAGAGCUUCUAAAAAUGAAUGUUUUCAGUAUCAGGAAUGAUAAUGCUUAAAAAGCUGAUGGCAGGAUAAGUAUUUCAGGUAAUGUUUUAUUAACAUUUGUUAGUACUUGUUCAGUGUGGAAAUGUGUACUUAAGUAGAACUCUAUGUGGCUAUGGAAACCUCAUUUGUAGUUCAAGAUAUACAGGUUUUGUGUGUGUCUUUAGCUUAUUAAGUUAUUAUUGCACUUUGCUUAAAAUGAGGAUUAAAAUUGCUUUUAAAGAGAUUACUGAAUGUUACUAGUGAAAAUGAACGUUUUGUCUGCCACUUAUAAAUAUUAUAAAUCAGUAACUAAGAAAAUUUUACUUUCUUAACCUAUUGGUACAAAGAAUAAAGUAUGCAAAAUUAAACAGGUGAAAAAAAAAAAAAAGACACACAAGAUUGCACUGAGAAAAUAAUCCUUUAGUGAAUUAAAGUUACCCAAAUAAAAGAGAUGUACCAGGGCCUCCCUGGUGGUGCAAGGGGUUAAGCACCACCCUAUGAAGCAAUCCUCAGCCUCUGCAGCACGAGUUCCAUCCCUGGCCGGCCAGGGAGCAACCCACAUGGCGCAGCAGACCUCUCCUGACUACCCCGCUGCUCCCCUCAGCAGUGUACUUUGGUCAAUCUGCCUGUUCUGCUCCCUGCUCUGUCUCUGGUGAAUCCUCUCACCCCCCGCAUCUCUGGCCUGUAACCCAGCUCCAGCUCUUGUAUGCAUAAAUAAAUAAAUCUUUAAAAAAAAAAAGAGAGAUGCAUCAUAUUCAUGGAAUAGAAGACAAUAUCAUAAAGAUGUCAGUUCUCUCCCAAAUUGAUAUAUUUAUUCAGUGCACAAAAUUCUAGUAAAUGUUUUUGCUAAUCUUAAAAAUUCUGAAUUAUUUAUGAAAGAGCAAAGGGCUAAGAGUAGACAAGGUACUCUUGAAAAAACUUAAGCAUGGGGACACAUACCUAUUAGUUAUGAAAAGUCUUUAUACAGAUCCAGUAAUUAAAGAUAGGUGUUAUUAAUGGAGAUAUAAAGUAUCUACUAGAAUAGAAUGAAAGCCUGGAAGGAGACUCACUCAAAUAUGGAAACUUGAUGUAUAAUAUAGUUGUCAUAUCGGAGCAAUAGAAAAAGGAUAAUUUUUUCAAUAAGUGGGGUUGAAGUAAUUAGUUAUCUAUAUGGAAAAAUAUGAAAUUAUAGCCUUAACUAAUAUCACACACAAAAAUAUCAGGUGGGUUAAGAAUUUAAAUGUCGGGCCUCCCCUGUGGCGCAGCGGUUGAGUGCUGGGUUGUGAAGCUCUGCAGCACCGGUUCGAUUCCCUGCUGCCGGGCGAGGGUCCCACAUUUCCUGCCGCCCGCUGCUCCCCUUAGCAGUGUACUUCAUCACUUUGCCUGUUCUGCUCCCCACUCUGGCUCUGGUGAAUUCUCUCACCCUCCCGUGCUUCUGACUGUACCCAGUGCUUGU